GUAUAAAUAGCGGUCGGGUUUCUGGACUAAGUCAAUCAUUUCGAGCAGCUUUUCCAUUGUGAGGAGCAGGCGUAAUGAAAUUUCUACCGAUACUUAUAGUUGCCUGUGCGAUUCUAGUCCCAUUCGCAUCGGCUAGAUAUGCAUCGGACUUGGAGGAUGUCGAAUUUGCGCCAAGUAGCAAGCUACUGAACAGGGUUCGCCGGCAAUCAGAUGACUCAAGUGCAGACUCAUCGGCGGAUUCUUCCGCAGACUCAAGCGCAGAUUCAAGUGCUGACUCAAGCGCUGACUCAAGUGCAGAUUCAAGCGCAGACUCUAGUGCAGACUCAAGCGCGGAUUCUUCUGCAGAUUCAAGCGCUGAUUCGAGCGCAGACUCAAGUGCAGAUUCGAGCGCAGACUCAAGCGCUGAUUCCAGUGCAGACUCAAGCGCCGAUUCUUCUGCAGACUCAAGUGCAGACUCAAGCGCUGACUCAAGCGCAGACUCAAGCGCAGACUCCAGUGCAGACUCCAGUGCAGACUCAAGCGCAGACUCGAGUGCAGAUUCAAGCGCAGACUCCAGUGCAGACUCAAGCUCGGAUUCAUCAAGCGAUUCAAGCACGGACUCUUCAGGCGAUUCAGGACAAACUAGCAUCAGUGGAACUGGCUCAUCGGGGACCACUAAUGGAAGGCGAAAAAUCAAAUUCAGGCGUAUGCGUUUCCGCAAUCUACGUUUCCCAAGACGUAGGAGGGGACGACGUGGAGGUAAUAGGAGGCGGCGAAGACGUCGCCCAAUCCGAAGAAGGAUAAUUCGACGUAGGCCAAUACGUCGUCGCCGCCGUGGUGGAAGACGUGGCGGUGGAGGAAGGCGUGUGGUUUUCAGGCCAAUGAGAAGGGGCGCUGGAAGAAGGGUCCUAGUGAGAAGUUUGGGUGGUAGAUCUGCGGGCAGAGUAGGUGGAGUACGCAGAGUAGGCAGAGUUGGCAGAAUGGGCAGAAGGUCUUUUAGGCGCAGGGGAUAAAACGAAAAGUCAUUUAUCGAUUAAGAUGAACAUUCAGAUGUCAUCGAAAUAAAAAUCAGCAGCAAGAAA